AAUACCGACUGCAAGUGCAGUCCCGAACUCCUGACGGCUCACGGCGGCGUAUUAUUAGUCUGUGGUACAAAUAUAUCGUUCUCUAAUCUUUAUGUGUACAAAACAAGUAUAGAGAAAAUUGUGAUUAAUUUCGCAUAUUUAACAAAAUAUUUUGUUUAAACAAUUGGAAUCCUAAAAGCCCACAUUUAUUAUUAACAUUGAAUUAGUCAGUAGGAUAAGUGCAAUCAUCACACAGUUUUAUUAGCUACGUGAACAGUGUAAAUAGGUCUUGUGUUAAUGUAAUAUAAAGCUUGUUUUAGUUGACCUACAAGUGUAGUUGGAUUCCUUUGCUAUUGCUACAAGUGAAUCACGGAGAUCUUCAAACAUCUGAUUUUUACAUCCGGGUUGCCGGCAUUAUCGGUGACGCGAUAAACAAUACAAUUGUUAUGGAGUUUGCGUGAUACCAGUCGCCAUGUGGAAGUACGCUCUGCUGGUGAUGUUUGCCAGCGCUCAUGGGCUCCUCGAGGGACCCAAUGUGUGUACCAGACAGGAACAAUACGUGACAACUAUACGAGUGUCAGAACAACAACCAUACCAAGUGAAGGAAUACGCGUGGUGUCUCAACGUACCACCAAGAUGUACGAAAUACAAAGUGAUGUUCCGCCAAGUGUAUAAAACCCAAACCCUGGUCAAACAUAGACCGGUAGAGGAAUGCUGCAAGGGCUAUGCGCCUGAUGCUCACGGGAAGCAGUGUGUGCCUGUGUGCGUGGACUCGUGUGUACACGGGAAGUGCGUCGCGCCAGAUACAUGUCUGUGUGAGCAUGGCUACGGGGGUCCCGCUUGUGAUAUAUCCUGUCCAGAUGGCAAAUGGGGCAGACAUUGCCAGAACGAUUGUCGCUGUUUGAACGGCGGCACUUGUGAGCCCUUGACCGGCAAUUGCGCAUGCGCAAUGGGAUGGCGUGGGGACGCGUGUGAGAAGACUUGCGCACCGCCAACAUUUGGCGACAAUUGCCAACAGACUUGCCAAUGCAGGAAUAAUGCUGCGUGUGACCCGGCGAGUGGGGCUUGCAAAUGUUUGAAGGGAUUUGUUGGACCACUUUGCGAAGAGGAAUGCCCCAAAGAUGGCCCAUGCCCCGAGCGGUGUAAAUGCCAAAAUGGGGGCAGAUGUGACUUCCUAACGGGAGAAUGCGAGUGUUCUGCUGGAUGGACUGGCGAUGUUUGUGCCAACAGAUGCCCAACGGGAAGAUGGGGAGAGAAAUGCCAGAAAACCUGCAGUUGUGCUAAUGGAGCUGGAUGCCAUCAUGUCACGGGACAGUGCCAAUGUGAGGCCGGCUUUACGGGCGAUAAGUGCCUAGAAGCGUGUUCGCUCGGCACGUACGGCGUGGACUGUGCGGGCACGUGCACGUGUCAGCACGGAGGUGAAUGUUCGCCACGGGACGGGUCGUGCACGUGCAAGCCGGGCUGGAGGGGCGACUGGUGCGAGAGACGGGCCUGCCCCGACGGUCUGUGGGGCCCACGCUGCGACCACCAGUGCGAGUGCAACCCACACACCACUGAUAUAUGUGAUCCGUGGACCGGGGCCUGCGAAUGUGCAGCCGGUUGGGACGGUGAAGCUUGUUCCAGACAAUGCCCGUUCUAUAUGUACGGGAAAGGAUGCCGCUCCAACUGCAGAUGCGAGAAUGGCGCCCUCUGCUCGCCUGUUAAUGGCUCCUGUCUUUGUCCGCCUGGCUACCGGGGCGUGCACUGUGGCGAGGCCUGUCCAUACCCACUGUACGGCGACAACUGUGCUGAUACUUGUCAGUGUAUGAACAACGCUACUUGUUCCCACGAAACGGGACAGUGUAACUGCCCACCCGGAUUUGAUGGAUUGAAAUGUGAUAGACCGUGUGAUGGAAAAACCUUCGGUCUUGGUUGUCGUCAGCGCUGUGAAUGCGACAACGAUGCACCAUGUGAUCCUGUUACUGGUGAAUGUGUUUGCGGGCCGGGUUACGAAGGACCAAAAUGUUCGCGACGCUGCCGUUCGGGUUUCUAUGGAGCGAAUUGCUCCCUCGAGUGUUCGUGUUCACCGCACUCGCGUGGAUGCCAUCAUGUCACCGGACAGUGCAUCUGUGAGACUACUUGGCGAGGUGUACGCUGCGAAACUCAAUGCCCUGAAGGCCGAUUCGGGGACCAAUGCAACGAGCGAUGUUCGUGCGCCAACAAUUCAUCGUGUGACGCCUCAACAGGGAGAUGUGUGUGCGCAGCCGGUUGGCAAGGAGACACUUGUGACCAACCCUGCCCGCCCGGACGGUAUGGCGUUGGUUGUGCCCAAUUGUGUCCUAUGCAACAGGAUGGCAAUAUAACAUGCGAUCCUGUGACGGGCAAGUAUACGUGUCCCAGCGGGUUUACGGGCGUGGCGUGCGAGUAUCCGUGCCCGCUCGGAACGUACGGCCAAAACUGCGAACAGAAAUGUAUAUGCAAGAAUGGGGCGGACUGUCAUCAUGCUACAGGUGAAUGCCAAUGCCUUCCCGGCUGGCAAGGGCCGACAUGUGCCCAGGCCUGUGGGGCUGGGGCAUGGGGUGCAGGCUGCACUCAGCCGUGUCGUUGCGCAAGAGGCGCUGCCUGCAGACCCAACGAUGGCUUUUGCAGGUGCCCUCCUGGCUUCACUGGAGCCCUUUGUACGCAGUUCUGUCCCGAGGGAUACUUCGGUGAUCACUGUAUGGAGCCAUGCAAUUGCUCGUCUGAAGGCAACUGGGUGUGCGACCCCGUACAUGGGUGCAUCUGCCACCGAGGCUACAUUGGGGACAAUUGCGACAUACAGGCCAGUGAUGCUAUCAAAAUUGAACAUAGUGAGGAAGGCUCCAACAGUGGUGCAAUUGCUGCCAUGGUGGUAGUGUCACUGCUGUGUGUGGGUGGUAUUGCUUUAGUGCUUCUGUACUAUCGGAAACGAGUGAGAUUGCUCAAGAGGGAGAUCGCUCAUGUGCACUAUACAGCCGAUCCUAAUGUGCAGCCAGAACAACAACACUUCGAUAACCCAGUAUAUUCGUAUAAUAACUCAACGCGUAGUGAUGAUUCAACGACUUUACUCAACAAUACAAUCAUAAAUAACUUGGGGCCAGCAAAGUUGACAAACACCACCAUGGAGAAACUUCGAAUGACCGCUUCUGGUUCCAAUGGAACGUACGACACCAUGUCCCUCAAGAACAAAGACGCUGAUUCCACCAACCCCAACUUGUACCACUGUAUAGAGGAUGACAAGUUGGACCACGUCUAUGAUGAAAUCAAGCAUAAAGAGGGUUAUGAGAGAGAAUACGACCACUUAAACUACACACCGCCGUCGAACACCUUGAAGGCGCAUUACCAACGUAUGAACAACACUUUCACGCCUCAAGCAACAACGACCCCAAAUUUGCCCCCUAACCCCAAUGUCCAAAUACCACCAAUACCCCCACUACCCAAAGCGCAUAUAACCCCGAUUCCCCUGCGACGGGAGGAUGUCGAAGCUCCUCCUCCUCCAAAAAGGGAAGAUCAGUUCAGUGAUGACGAAGAAGCCACUAGUUAGUUGCGUAAUUUUAUAUCUUCAUAACAUGAGUUUUUUACCUUCAGAACCGGGAAUCAAACCCAAUGAAACAGUUACAAAUGUGUUUAUGUGGGCUAUUUGCCUAUUUUGAGUAGGACAUCCUCGAUGGUUUCGUCAAUUGUACGUGUAUGCACCUGGAUACGUACGCACUUACGUUCGUAUGUAGAUGCGUACGUACUUUUGUACGUGAAACGCUUUCCAUACAUUUGAUUCCAUAGAUUAUAGAAAUAAUUCUCGAUCUUUCAAAACAUCUUUAAACAUCUGCCUAUUGUAAAAAAAACCUCAACAUAAAGCUAUAAAGGCGACAUUACAUUGAUAAUUCUAACUCUUAAUGAUCUUGUGUCAUAUACAUGUAUAUAUAAUUCAUUAAUAUUUUAUCAAUUUCUUUAAUUAUGGCCUCCUAAAUAGUGCCUAUUAAUAAAAAUUAUUUUUUAUGAAAUUUUUAACAUCGAUAUUUUGAUAACAUUUUUAAAAGUAGUGUUCAUAACUAAGAUCUCGCGUAAUGUUAGAGUAGUUAUAGGGUUCAAAAAUAUUUUCCCUUCUACUAAAGUGUAAUUUGCUCUAAACUAGUAUUUUCGUCUCUUUCUGCCGUAAUGUCCUUACGCUGUGGUGAAAAGAGACAGGUUACUUGCUGUUUUAUAAUGAAUAAUGGGGAUUGAGUUUGAAAAAGUAUUUGACGAUGUCUGCGUAAUUUCAUUGGUCUAAAAAGUCUAGAAUUUUUUCAUGUGUUUCUGAAUCUCUGAGGUCUAUAUUCUGAAACGUCAAACUACAAUCAAGUUUUAAUCACAAACCAAGCUCUGAUGUGAUGUGAUCCUAAAAAAUGUGUAUGUUAGUUCUUUUCUUUUUUUUAAACGGAGAUUUUCUUUUCGUUUUCUACGUUUAAAUAUUACGCAAACGUUUAACGACUUGUCAAAUUUUAACCCCGUAAUAAUAAACAGAGAACUAUUUAGAUUUAAACAAAGUAAUUAAUUUAUCUUUUGGUUAUAUUCAAAAGAAUUACCUGUUUUGUCUCUCUCCAUCAUUGUGUUCGUACGUACGUAAACGUACGUUGUGGAUAAGGUGCAUAGUGACGUAUAAAAGGCAAGUAUCAUAUUCCCAUCUCUUUUCAUCUCGUGCAAAUAGAGAGAGAAGAAAUAAUAUAGUGUGUAAUAACAUAUCUCAAGCAAAUUAAUUAACAAAAAAUAUCAUUUUAAUACCUUGUUAAUAUAGUAAUGACAGUUGAUCUUUUAAAAUUAGAUAGUAAUUUUCUCUAUAUAAAUAUUAUCUCUUAUAUAUACAAAUGUACAAAUUUAUAUACCUGGGAUGAAACACUUUGCGAUAGGCGUUACCCAAAACUAAUUUGUAAGGGCGUGGCCACGUGACUCAGCGUAAAUUCAUUUGACGCAAAGAAUUUUGUCUAAAACCCCCUCAUCUUCUAUGUAGUUAUUAUUUAUAGUCAUAGAUUUUAAGAGAAAAUCAAUUUUAAUAUAUAAAAUUUGUUUCCAAAUAUUUGUAAGUUCGUGCUUAUAUCACUUUCUUUUCGUACAAAAUAAUAUUUUUUAAACGGUUGGAAAGAUUUCGCUUAUUAGCAGUUUCAAUUAGCUUGUAAAUGGUUUUUUUAUAUAUUAUAUUGCGACGUAAUUACUUUUCAACAACGUACGUGUGUACGUACGAGGUGACGGUUUGUACGUUAGUCAUUCCACAGACUAUAAAUUUUUUUAAUAUGCAAAAGCUUUAAAUUUUAUAUGAAAUCAAAUUAAAUGAAUUAUAUUUUAUAUUACCCUUUCAAAUGUUUAAGCUAUUAAUGGUUGUAUAAAUUUCUUGCUCAAAUGUAAAGAAGUGCCAAUUUAUUUCUUGUUGAUGGCAGCUGAAGUUUAGUGUCCCUAAAUUUAAAAAUUCUACCUAGAUUCAAAAUUUGAAUAAACCAAAAAGAUUGAUCUAGACUUUAAAUUUAACGUAAAAACAUAGUUCUCGAUUGCGGUCGUUGACCUGCAACAUUACAAGUACUGACCCUAUCAGCUGAUCAUUGUAGGUUUUAUAUUUUAAUCUUUAUACUAUUAUGUAUACUGUCAUAUUGUCAUUUUAAUAUAUUUUUUUUAUACUUUAAUAUUGUUGUAUAUUUAUAAAGCUAUAGAACACUUUGGCAUGUAUAUUUUACACUACCUGACAAUUGGCAACUUUCAUAUUUAUUGUGUAGCAAAAUUAAAAAAAAAUAUCUUUUAAAAUUUAUUCUACAUUUGUUAUAGUUAUUAAGGUUCUAACAUAUCGUGUAGUUUUGUCAAUUACUUGAUCUUUUACUAAUCUGUGUAUUUAAUGUAUUUUUUUUAACAACGACAAGUGUCAUCUACAUAUUAUGUCAAACUUCAAACGUCAAACAUUAAAUAUAGAGUUUCAUUAUUCUCUGUAGAUAAAAUUGGUAGUUUUUAACGGGUUUCUAGUAUUAAUAGUGUACAGUAUAAUUCAAAUCUGAAGUUAGCAAUAAUCUUUAUCGGCGUGGAGAUUGGUAUGCGAGGUGAAGUCCUAAGCAAAGACUUAUGAAUGAAUCUUGACAAUAAUUGCUUGGAAGUAUGGUCGAAUUGCCAUCUAAUCCUAGAGUAGCUUAUCAUUUCAUCAUGGCAAGUAUUUCAUGACAUUUUCCGUCGAUGUACACUUUAUAUUUUGAUGUCUAGUAUUUAAAAGCUUUAAGAGAUGGACUUUACCUGUUUACUCUUUAAGCAUUUAUUAUUUAAGCUCGGCCCAAGAUAUGAAUUACAAAUAGAUUUAUUGGGUUAGAGCUAAAUUUAAUAUUAUUUUAUUUUAUUUUAUAAAUUGUUUUAAUAUCGAAUAUUUUUUAUUAGUUUAAGAUUUUUGAAUGAUAUGGAUGUUUUUCUUCUCAAUUGCGAAAGGGGAACAUGAUCCAGAAUGUAUUGGUCCGAUAGGAAUAAAAGUUGUGUCGUUGUACAUGUAUCUGACGUCUAUGAAACCAUAGAUAUAUGGCCCCGUUAAGCAUUUGUAAAGAACACAUUUACAUAAAAACAAUGUUCUGACCUUGAAUCUGCGUUCAUAAAUUUUGUAUGCUUCAGUGAGGGUCACAAACGUAAUUUGCGAAGAGUAGCGUUAUUUAUAGAUAACUUUAGUUAGAAAUAUUUGUGAUAUGUUAUUGGGUAUUGAAUAAAUGAAUUUGCUAUUAA